AAUUCACUCCAUCACAACGAAGUGGGUUGAGAAAACGUCGGAGAGCACAAUCACCUGUCAACAAACAACCAGAGAGCGUGGAAGAAUGGGUGGAAGAGGACAAGUUGGACUUGUGGGAGAUCAGAUUCUUUGGUGAACGGUUGGAGAGAGCUUCUGUUGUCACUAAGCGUUCUGUAGGAGAUCGUGGGGAGUCCGUCCAGACAGUGACCACACGUGGAGCAUCCCCUGCAGAGAUUAGGGCACGCAUGGAGGAACAGUUGAAGAUCCAGAGAGCAACUUUCAAUCAGAAGAAAGCCCUAGAAAGCACUCCUCUUGCCAAAGGUGGUGUAGUGAAGCUCUCUUUGUGCUCUGCAGCAACUCUUACAGCUACUGCUGGAGCAAAACUAGCAAUACCAUCCAACCCUGGAGCAACAACUAAAGUUGUGCAAGCAGGGUCCUCAACUAUCAUGGCUGUGAGUGGACAAAUUCCAACUAUUGUAUCUGGAAAGAAGAUCAUGACUACGAGAGAUGGUCGUAUAAUAACAGUGCAGACAACAGCACCCAACAGCAGCACCACACAACAACAGGGAAAUUCUGAAAACAGUGGUAUUAGUCUUGGUAGUAGCACAAUUUUUCCUGUUGGAAGUGGUCCAAAAGUCCAGGUUACUCCUCAGGGAAAUAAGAUCAUCAGAUUACAAGCCGUUGGAAGUGGUGGUGGACAGAGGAUGAUUUUACCCAGGUCGACAAAUUCAGCUGUGUUACAGUCACGUUUUCCAAGGCCAGUAGCUCCAGCAACCACAGUCACCACAAACACUACCACAUCAUCAUCUACAGGAGGUACAGUUGCUACUCCUCGUGUACCAGGCCAACAAAUACAAAUUAUCAGACUGUCAGAUGGCCAGCUGCAAGUCAGAGGACUCUUAGAGGGUCAGCAGUUGGUUCAGCGUCCUGAUGGAAAAUUUCAGCUCAUUCAUACAAAAAGUGCUGUUGCAGCAGCCAACACUCCUGCCACCACUACAGUGUCAACUUCUUCCACUAUACAAGUGACACAGCAAACAAAAAUGGUUCAGCCUACAACAGUUAUUAGUAGUGGUUUAACUGGAUUGGAUAAUGCCAACAAAACUACAAUUACAGGUAGUUCUACAGUUACCAGCCCAACCACUCAUGUUGUGAAGGUAAAUGGUCAACAAGUCCUUUUGAAACACAGCAGUGAAAAUAAACAAGUUGUUACUGUAGGUGCUAGUGAAGCAGCAGCUGGGACCCCUCCAUCAGGCACUGCAAGACAGGUUGUUGUUCAAAGUGGACAGACAUCUCCACGCAUAAAGACUAUGCUGGCUCCUGAUGGCACCAUGGUGAAAACAGUGUUAUCCAACAAUACCACUACACCUGUAAUGUCUCCAACAAGUACUACUGCCACUACUACAUCAACAAGCACAACAACAGCCAGUGAUAACCAGAAUACUGCUAGCUCUGGUAGCAGUUUGACAUUGAGAGUACAAGUUCGCAUGACAGAACAAGGUCCAAAGACAAUUAUUCAAGGACUCCAGCCUGGUGUUGGCUUGACAAAAGACCACAUAAUGGCUAUCCAACAGCAAGUUCGGAAUAUGCUUGCCCAGUAUAAUUUACAAGUAAAUCAGUUGUCACCAGUGAUGGCAUUAACGCUUCAUGUGCCAAACAAGCAACAAACAUCCUCAGCUUCAUCCCAGUCUCAGGAUGAGCCACAGUCACAACAGGCAGCUACACAACAGGGACAGCAAAGCUCUGGUGGAACAGUAUUUAGAAGUCUUCUAGCAUCUCCACAGGUUUUGCAAUCUCCAGCUGUUAUUACUGUAAAGAAUGCAGUGACAGACUCGGGAACAAAUGCAAAUGAUAACAUGACUUCAGAGUCGGAAGUAACCCAAACACUGCCCACAAGUCUCUCUCCAAAUGAUGAGAAGAAACUAACAUCACCUGUGUCGUCACCUAAGAAGUUUGUUCUCACACAAGAGUACAUUCAGCAGACAAUAAAGUCCGCUUUAAGUAAAGAAGACUUAGCUCCAGAUAUUGAGGAGAAGUUGAUGCAAUUACAAAAGUACAACAGUGAACAGACGAAGAAGGAGGAAGGAACAGGCUUGCUCACAUCAUCAUCUGCAGCUGUGACCACAAACUCUGCCACGAGGAACACUACCUCAAAAAGGAUCAGGGACCAGGAUGAUGAAUGGGACUCAAGUGAAGUGAAACAAAACCUAGUCACAUCAGUGCCACCUCAGAAACCACGGCCAAAAAAGCAGCGGUCAGAUUCCAGGCCUAGCGAGACCAGCAAACCAAAGAAAACUUCGGCAAAAUCUGAAGCUGUUGAUGCAAGGAAGAAGCAAGCUCUUCAGCACAAACUUGAGUCGCUCAUGUCCCGGCAUAAGGACCUCUUAAAGAAGGAUAUCCUGAAAAAGAGAGCACAGUUAGAGAAGGAGCUGCAAGUUGAAAUACAUAAAGAGUUGUCUGUGGCCCGUUUGCAGCUACAAAUGUUGGAAAAGAGCAAGCCAGAAACACCAAUGCCCACUCAAGUUAUUUCACCAAGAAAAAAGAAGAUUGUUACAGAGUCCCCAACAACACAAAUGUCAUCAUCUGGUGGCCUUGCCUUAUCAGCAGACUCCCCACACCUGCCUCAACCAUCCUCAAACUCACAAACUCCCACAAACAAGGCACCAGUGUCUACUAAAUCGCCUACAUCUGCAAAAUCAACAGGGAAGUCUACCUCUGCAAAGAAGUCAUCAAAGAACAAAAACAAGAAGAUUGUUUGUAUUUGUCGUACACCAUUUGAUGAUACAAAAUUUUACGUUGGCUGUGAUCUGUGUGGCAAUUGGUUCCAUGGAGACUGUGUAGGCAUCACAGAAGCCAUGAGUCGUAGCAUGACCGAAUACGUCUGUGAUGAUUGUGCAAAUGCCAAGCUCAAUAAAGAACUCUUCUGCUUUUGUAGACAGCCAUAUGAUGAAACUCAGUUUUAUAUUUGCUGUGAGCAGUGUGAGGACUGGUAUCAUGGCAAGUGUGUGGGCAUCAUGCAAGCAGAGGCUGAUGACAUAGAUGAUUAUAUUUGUCCCAAAUGUGAUUCAAAUAAUGUGUGGAAUUAUCCAUGUCAGAAGAAUCUCACAUCAAAGGAUUACACAGAACUUAAGAAAGUCACCAAAAGCCUUAUACAACACAAAAAUGCGUGGCCAUUCCUUGAGCCAGUGGAUCCCUCAGAGGUACCUGAUUAUUAUAAAGUUGUUAAGGAGCCAAUGGACCUCAAGACAGUAGAAAGUCGUGUGGAAGCCCAGUCAUACCAGCAACUCGCCCAGUUCAUAGGGGACGUCAUGUUGGUAUUUGACAACUGCCGACUCUAUAAUCCUCCUAAUUCUUCCUUCUGUUCUUGUGCAGCAACACUAGAGACCUUCUUCUGUCAGAAGCUUCGGAGUCUGAAGCAAAGACUGAGUCAGAGGUAGUUUUAAAAGUGGACUGUGAAAAUUGCAAUAAUUGUCCUUACAAUAUCUAAAAGUUGACUUUGCCGAUGCAACACUCUGGAGUGUGUAUAGUUACCCCAAUAGUGAAGGAUGGUUGUGAUUAAACAACAGUGUACUGAAUUGUCAUUAAUAUGAUUUUGUGUAAUAUAUCAUUAUUAUUACUUUUUCAUUUAUCUUUUAUUUAUUUAUUUUUUUAUGGGUGUGUACAUUCAUGCAUGUGUGUGAGAUAAUCAGCAAAGUCAAACUGGAUUAUCAUAUCAUUAAGCAAUUUAUGCAUUGAAAAGUGUUGUCUUGUGGCUGCAGAAAUGGUCCAUUUAGGUCUUGUUAGCAUCAGAUUACAUUGGAGAACUGUUGCACCUUCUACAGAUUUUAUUUUUUUAUAAUUUAGUAUAAACAGAAAUUAAUGACUACUAAAAAAAUUAUAUUGCCUUAUGAUGAGGAGCAUAAUCUUGUCAUCCUGUUUUUCAGUUUGGAAAAUUGUUUGAAUUUUCCCCUCCCUCACAAUUUUGCUUCAUAAAAUGUAGUUACUGAAUUUUGAGAGAGUCCCACAUGAGGCAGAUACAAUUUAUAGUUGUUAUUCUGUUUAAUAAGAAUAUCAAAAUAUACAGGAUUAUCUUCUUCAGUGUCAGCAGUAAAAAUGUGCAUUGUAUUUUAUUUUUUAUUAUUAUUUUUUUUUUCUUUUCUUCUUUUUUUAACAAAGAUGUAUGAGAAUGUUUUUUGAGGAAUUUAUUAUUGAGAAUUGUUGAGUGCUAAGCUGCAGAAAAAGUGAUUUCUGUCAUCUUUGCACAUAUAUGUUAUGCAAUAGCUUAGUGUAACAUGAUAUUGUACAUAGAGAAUUUGUAUGUACCCUAUUGUACAUUAUAUUUCUGUAGACUAUACAUACCAGGUACACUUUGCAUUAUUAAGAGGCACAUUAUUUUUACUGAUGAUGACCAUAUCAAUAACAUUGAUAUAACAUAAAGUGUAAUGAUAUGUAACACAGUAGACUCAUAUUUAAUCAGCUAUUGUCAUAUACCUGUAAUCCCUUUGAGUGUUACUUCAAUUUCUUUGAUUAGUCAGAUAGUGGAUAUCACCUUUAUGUGACAUUCCUACUGUAGAUAUACUUUGAGAAAUGAGUCGCACAAAUUAAUAACAGUGUCCCGUGAUAAAUAGAAUAAAUAUGUAAGAGAACUGCUAUAUGCGUCUGUUGUUGGAAGUACAAUUCAGUGGGAUGACAGAUGCUCUGUGUUCCAUGAAUAUUUUAGACACCUAUUUAUGGACAAUAUACUGAAAGCUGUCCCUCCUUCCCUUCAUAGCUCGAGUUUUAAUUCCUAGAUUCUUCCUCGAGCAGUCUUGCUGGCCUUGUAAAGGAUUAUAUUUGUAGAUAUUGCUCUGCGUGUGCUCCACUACUGCAAACCAAACAGUUUGAGUGGCUCGUUAAUUGACUGCUUGUACAAAGAUAGCAAGGUUAUUUUAAAUUUGAGUAGGUACCCAACCUCAAUCUCAUAUCCUGAAAGUUCAGGGCCAAGUCAACCUUUUUACUUUUAGCUGUAAAUGUGAAAAAGAAGUGUCACCAACAAAGUGGUACCAAAAGUUGUAUUGCUAGGUGACAAUUGUAAGUAUUUUUACAGAUUUCCAUAGUCCUUUUAUUCAUAACACUCAUUCAGCACAUAUGAUAUAUGUAACUUCCUGGUUUCAAAAGGCAUACUUUUGUGCACAUUUGAAAUGGACACGCUAAACACAUGUACAUGUUUACACUUUGUUGCCAAGUUGUAUAUGGCUGUUCAUGGUCUUCACAGCCUCAUCUCAGCUAAGUACAAAAUUUAUCUUUGUGAAGACAUGUUACCAUGGAUAAACAUAUUUGUAAAGGUAAUUUGUAAUAAGAGUGCAUUUGUUUUAUAAAGUCGAGUAUUCUAAA